AUGUCAAAGAAGAGUGCUAGCAGCCGAGCUAAGGGAGAAAAACCUGAUGCCUUAGCUGCCUUACAAGCUGCCAAUGAAGAGCUCAGGACAAAACUCACAGACAUUCAAAUAGAGCUCCAACAAGAAAAGAGUAAGAUGGAGGAGAUAAAAUUUAAAGACAGAGCAGUCUACGUGCUGGAAAGAGAGUUAGGGGUUCAAGCCGGGCAUGCUCAGAGACUUCAGCUCCAAAAGGAGGCUUUAGAUGAACAACUUUCCCAGAUCAAAGAGUCUGAUCGGCAUCUGAGCAGCCCCAAACGGGAACUUCCUUAUGCAAGUGGUGCAGGAGACGCUUCAGAUCAUUCAGGAAGCCCCGAACAGCAGCUGGAUGAAAAAGAUGCCCGGCGUUUCCAACUUAAAAUUGCUGAGCUAAGUGCAAUCAUCCGGAAACUGGAAGAUCGGAAUGCAUUGCUGUCAGAAGAAAGAAAUGAGCUUUUAAAACGUCUAAGAGAAGCAGAAAGUCAAUAUAAACCUCUCCUGGACAAAAAUAAGCGUCUCAGUAGGAAGAAUGAAGAUUUAUCCCAUGCCUUACGUCGAAUGGAAAAUAAAUUAAAAUUUGUAACUCAAGAGAACAUAGAAAUGAGACAAAGGGCUGGGAUAAUAAGGAGACCAAGCUCUUUAAAUGACCUUGACCAGAGUCAAGAAGAAAGAGAAGUUGAAUUUCUGAGGCUACAAAUUAUUGAACAGCAAAAUAUCAUAGAUGAACUCUCUAAGGAACGGGAUAAGCUUUUAAGGUAUAGGAAACAAAGGAAGAAAAUGACAAAACUCCCUAAGAAGCCGGUUGUGGAGACAUUUUUUGGCUAUGAUGAAGAAGCUUCUCUGGAGUCUGAUGGUUCUUCUAUCUCGUAUCAAACUGACAGAACAGAUCAAACUCCUUGCACUCCUGAUGAUGACUUGGAAGAGGGCAUGGCCAAAGAAGAAACAGAACUGAGAUUUCGGCAGUUGACAAUGGAAUAUCAGGCUUUGCAACGAGCAUACGCUUUGUUGCAAGAACAGGUCGGAGGAACAUUGGAUGCAGAACGAGAAGUUAAGACGCGUGAGCAGCUCCAAGCAGAAAUACACAGAUCACAAGCUCAAAUAGAGGACCUAGAAAAGGCACUUGCUGAGCAGGGACAGGACAUGAAGUGGAUUGAGGAGAAGCAAGCAUUAUAUAGAAGAAAUCAAGAACUUGUAGAAAAGAUAAAACAAAUGGAAACAGAAGAAGCUCGGUUAAAACAUGAUGUUCAGGAUGCUAAAGAUCAAAAUGAACUCCUGGAGUUCAGAAUAUUAGAGCUUGAAGAGAGAGAAAGAAGAUCACCUGCUAUCAACUUUCAUCACAUUCCUUUUACUGAGGGGAAAAGUCCUCUCCAAGUUUACUGUGAGGCAGAAGGUGUAACGGAUAUACUAGUAGCGGAGCUAAUGAAAAAGUUGGACAUUUUAGGGGAUAACGCCAAUCUGACCAACGAGGAGCAAGUAGUUGUCAUACAAGCAAGGACAGUUCUGACACUGGCUGAAAAGUGGCUACAGCAGAUCGAAGUGACAGAAUCUGCACUACAGCAAAAGAUGCUAGAUCUUGAGAAUGAAAAGGAGCUAUUUAGUAAACAAAAGGGCUACUUGGAUGAUGAACUUGACUACAGGAAACAGUCUUUGGAUCAAGCACACAAGCAAAUUCUGGAAUUAGAAGCCAUGCUCUAUGAUGCCCUGCAGCAGGAAGCUGGAGCCAAAAUGUCUGAAAUUCUUUCAGAAGAGGAGAAAAGCAAGCUGAAGAAUGCUGUAGAGCAAUGGAAGCGACAAGUUAUGAGUGAACUCCGAGAGAGAGAUGCCCAGAUUCUACGUGAAAGAAUGGAGCUCAUUCAACAUGCACAGCAGAGAAUUAAGGAGCUAGAAGAAAGAAUUGAAGGUCAAAAAAGGCAGAUAAAAGAAUUAGAAGAAAAGUUUUUAUUUUUGUUUUUAUUUUUCUCUUUAGCUUUCAUUCUUUGGUCAUAG